AUGUCUGUAAUACUAAAAGAUCUUAACGACUAUAUUGCCCCCUCUCAGGCAUGCAUAAAGCCAGUUGAAGUUAAUAAAACCACGACAGACAGCAGUAACGUGAUCAAAAUAGAUGAUUCUGGCGGUUAUUACGAA